UCUAUUUUUUUAUUCAGGUCAAGUGAAGAUGACAGUGGUGAUUAUGGCAAUGAUUCAACUGUAGAUCCAGACUAUAUCCCAGACAAAGAUAAAAUUAGCAGUACAGAAUUAAAUGAUGAUGGCAAUUCUGAUGAAGAAGCAGAAAGUGGUAUUCAUCCUGUCUCCAAUUAUAAAGAGCUACAUGGAAAGACUCGUGAUUCGCCUAAUGUUGAAAUUAAUUUGCCUGCUGUACAGAAAUUUCCAAAUGUCAGUGAUGAAGACCAGUUAGUAGACGAGGAGGUUAUUUCUGAAAAUGAACAUGUUGAUGAACAAGAGAAUGAUGAAGGUGUUCGACCAACAGUUCGGCAUCAUAAACGUACUGGAGCAAUUUUGACUCGAAAACGCAGACGUGAUCCAAGUAGUUGGAAAUGCAACAUAAGAAAGAAACUUAGGCAAUCGGGACAGGAGUAUGUAAAUAGCCGGGGAAAUGUUCAAGAGUCGAGAUCAGUAAAAACAAAGAAGGACUGCUCCAAAUGUAAAUUUAAGUGCAGUUAUAACAUAAGGGAAGCUGAUAGAAAGAAAGUAUUUGAUGAAUUCUGGACAUUGGAUGACAAUGGAAAACGGCACUUUUUUAGUAGGACAACAACACAGUCAUCCACUAAAAGACCAAAAGUUGGGCAACCAAGUCGUAGAAGUAUGAGUUUGACUUACAGCCUCCCUGUGAAUGGUGAACAUAUUCGUAAAUGCAUUGAUAGUGGAAAAACCCCAGGUAAACUUCAUCUUUAUCGACAAAUAUUCAAUACUGAAUUCAACAUAGGUUUCCAUAUGAAUAAAAAAGAUAGAUGCGACACAUGCGAAGCCAUGAAGCAUAACAAAGGAGCUUCAGAAGAAGAGAAAGAGGCAUACCAGAGGCAUCUUACAGGAAAG